CCUAGCCUCUCUUCUCUUCUCUUUUCUCUCUUCUCUCUUCUCUCUAUCUCUCUUUCUUUUAAGGUUUCUCUUCCUUCCCCACGGUGAGGACCAUCAUGGAAACACCAGAGGAACUCACCUUGGGUUCCAAAGACCAUACCAACAUCGUCAAAGGCAAGAGAACAAAGAGGGUACGGCCUCAAUCCCCCAUCCCCUUCUCCAUCGCGGCAGCAGAAGAAGAAGGAGGGGAGAAUAAUAUACCAUCGCAACAACAAGAAGAAGAAAAAGAAGAUAUUAUUUACAAUGCGAAUGCGAAUGGCAACACAGCAACUACUUCUUCCGUGGGUCCACGAGACAGCACGGAAGAAGAGGAGGACAUGGCCAACUGCCUCAUCCUGUUAGCACAAGGACAAUCCAGGGAAUCCCCAAGACGCCCGGCCGCCGUAGCAGAAGAAGAAGGAGGAGGAACAAGCUACAACAAGUACAGCAGUAGGAAGUUUCUAGAAGCUGCCGGAGUCGGCGUUGGGUACGGAGGAGGAAGAACAGGAGGAUAUUAUGUAUACGAGUGCAAAACAUGUAACAGGACAUUUCCGUCUUUUCAAGCACUUGGUGGACACAGGGCAAGCCACAAGAAACCCAAGGCCGCCAUUCCUGCAAUCUCCAUUCACCAAGAAAGAAAACAACCACCGCCAUUGUUCUCCUCCGACGAAGAAGAGUUCCAAUUCAAGAACACCACCGCCAACAAAUCAAGCUUCCUCCAGUUGAACACAAGAGGGAAUAAUUUGUAUAGCAAUAACAAUAACAAAUCCAAGGUUCACGAAUGUUCCAUUUGCGGAGCUGAAUUUACAUCUGGACAGGCACUUGGUGGACAUAUGAGGCGGCACCGAGCUCCGGUGGGGACUAACACUAACACCAACACUAACACCACGCUUUCGCUGACCACCACCACCACGGCGGCCGCGAUGGAAGCAGAUGAGGAGCAGCCUAAGAAGAAGACGAAGGUUUUGUCUUUGGAUUUGGAUCUCAACCUUCCGGCACCGGAAGAUCAAGAUCAAAGGGAAUCCAAGUUUGCCUUUGUAUCCAAGCAACCACCAACGCAACCGCAACCGCAACCGCAGAAGCAGCAACCACAAACAAGUCUUGUCUUCUCUACUACACCAGCUUUGGUGGAUUGUCAUUACUGA